GAAGACGCGACUUCGCGCGGUGCACAAGCCCCGUCUCGCUUAUUUCGAAUCGAGGCAUAACGCUCGCAGCUGAACGAGCCGUGUUCGAGGGAGCCCCAGCCGCAGGACGCACGUAUGGCGGACAAUCCCAACGAGAGGAGCGUUUCGAACGAAGGACCGUCUCCGGGCCCACUGCAGCGACAUGGCGCCGCAACGGCGGACAAUCCGAACGAGGCGACUCCGACCGAGCAGCGCGGCGCCGACAGAGCGAGGCAGCACCGGAAGAGGCCUAGGCCAUGGUCCCGUCCUUUCGGUCCAUCGUCAGGAGUUAGUCCGUCCUCCUCGAUGCGCGACACAACGGACGAGUUGACCACGCCCAGGGAACAGGUGUCGCCUCGCCCAGGGACGCUCGACUCGCGCAGCAUCGCUCACACUUCGCUCGGGCCCGCGUCGCACAGCGGAAACGCACGGAGGCCACCGUCGUCUCGCUUUACCACGGACUGGCGAGAUAGCACGGGAACCGUGCCUUCCGUCACCGCCCAUGACGCCUCAGCCCUCGACGACACUCACGGCGAAGGUGGCCGUCGAUCUUACCAAACGGCUGACGACAGUUCAGGGCGCCCCCCGCGGAGAUCACCACAAAUGGAUCCGUCGCACGCGCGCAGGUCGCCCUCGCGACAGCGUCCUCAGCGUACCGCUGCGCGCGACCUCGUGCCGGGAACAGUGACUGACCGGACCAGAGGCGGUGUCCCAUUGCCGUCGUCUCACUUUACCACGGACUGGCGAGACAGCACGGGAACCGUGCCUUCCGUCCCCGCCCAUGACGCCUCAGCCCUCGACGACACUCGCGACGAAGGUGGCCGUCGAUCUUACCAAACGGCUGACGACAGUUCAGGGCGCCCUUCGCGGAGAUCACCACAAAUGGAUCCGUCGCACGCGCGCAGGUCGCCCUCGCGACAGCGUCCUCAGCGUACCGCUGCGCGCGACCUCGUGCCGGGAACAGUGACUGACCGGACCAGAGCCGGUGUGCCAUUGCCGUCGUCUCACUUUACCACGGACUGGCGAGAUAGCACGGGAACCGCGCCUUCCACGCACGCCCAUGACGCCUCAGCCCUCGACGACACUCACGGCGAAGGUGGCCGUCGAUCUUAUCAAACGGCUGGCGACAGUUCAGGGCGCCCUUCGCAGAGAUCAUCACAAAUGGAUCCGUCGCACGCGCGCAGGUCGCCCUCGCGACAGCGUCCUCAGCGUACCGCUGCGCACGACCUCGUGCCGGGAACAGUGACUGACCGGACCAGAGCCGGUGUGCCAUUGCCGUCGUCUCACUUUACCACGGACUGGCGAGAUAGCACGGGAGCCGUGCCUUCCACGCACGCCCAUGACGCCUCAGCCCUUGACGACACUCACGGCGAAGGUGGCCGUCGAUCUUACCAAACGCCUGUCGACAGUUCAGGGCGCCCUUCGCGGAGAUCAUCACAAAUUGACCCGUCGCACGCGCGCAGGUCGCCCUCGCGACAGCGUCCUCAGCGUACCGCUGCGCACGACCUCGUGCCGGGAACAGUGACUGACCAGACAGUAACCGGCGGGCCAAUGGGACAGUCAACUGAUGGCAUCCCGAAGGGCGAAGACGCUCAUUAUGCGCCAGACUUGCAGCAAUGGCGGUGGCCAAGCCGGGCGAGCGCCCACAGCGGCAGCCCUCGCCAGACCUCCGCGACGCGCGCCGACUUUCCUCGAGAAGACCAACAAACAACACCUGACGCCGACGUCUGGGCCCAAAGCAAGCGCAGCUCGAUAGACGGCCCGUCACCGAAGAACUCGCCGGACCGCCGGGUAACCAUACACCCUUCCGCCAAGAUGGAACUCGCUAAAAACAAACAACUCGACGGCGUCUUCCAGCUGACCUCUGCCGAAGCCGAACCAAUCGCUGGACCCCAACUUAUGGGGCCAGUACCGCAUCAGGUCAGCCGAUGGCCCAGCGUCAGAAGCGCGGACCAGGAGGCCGCCGCCCGGCGACGCUCCAUCGCCGAGCAGCUGCUCAUGAGCUCUCCGCCCGGCCUGGUCAGCCCGAUCGACCACGGACCCCUGGAGCGGGCGGCGGGCAUUGCCUCCGGUCGGCGCCAGUCGAUGAUGGUGCAAGCGGCCAUCCAUGAUCUGCCCAAGUUUUCCGAGGCGGACGCUAAGCAGAAGCGGCGUGCCUCGAUGGAAUAUCGGGCCCGGGCGCAGCAGAAAAGGGAACACGGCCCCCAGACCCGCGUCCCUAGCGUCAGUCCUGGCCGUUACGCAGAACAAGAGCUGGAACGGCGUCGCCUUGAAAAGCUCCAGUCUCGCCUGCGCGGUUGCCGUCGCCACAAAAAGCGCCUGGUCUUCGCGGCCAUGGGCGUUCUCUUGCUUCUCGUCGUUAUCUACUUGGUGCUAAGAGCGCUAACCUCGCCCGAAGACGGUGUCUGCUCCAGUGACGACUGCCUCGACCACGCCCAUCAGCUUCUUCAGUCCCUUGACACGACGGCGGACCCGUGCACCCGUUUCCACGCCUACGUGUGCGGAGCCAACAGGUCCCGACCGGAUGCCCAGGUCGCCGAAGCGCUUCCGUACGCCAAGCUCGUCGUCUCAAGCGUCGUCAGCGCGGCCACCACAUCGGCGCCUCCUGCAGCAGAUGGGCGUUACCCUGCGACUUCCAAGGCCCUGACCGCCUUGUCGACCUGUCUCGGCGCACCAGCCACGAAGACAGCCGAGGACUUCGUUAGGUUCAUGGAGGCACGCGGGAUACGGUGGCCAUCGGUGGAUUCGGGUGCGCAGGUGGGAAUAAUCGGAGUUUUCGACGUCCUCCUGGACUUAAUCGUGAACUGGAGGGUUGUUCUGUGGUUCGAUGCGAAGCUCGUCUACCUGACCGAAGACCGCCUUCCGGUCGUCGCCUUCGAAGAGCCAGGCGCCUUGCCGCUGCUGCGCAUGCGGCAGGUGUCGUUCCUGGACGACGUCGCGUACGGCCACGCCAUGGGGAGCGUGUCGCUUUUCCUAACCAACGGAACGACCGAGCUGAAGAAGUCCGCCAUCCAAGAGCUGCACAAGGACGAAGGAGCCAUCAGGGACGCUGUUCUGUCGACGCGCACAGAUGAGCAUGACAUCCUGCUGCCACUGCACAAGGCUCAUCAGCUUUAUGUCCACAACGCCUCCUUGAGCGAAUGGCGCGCUGUCAUCGCGAAGCAUGUGAAAUCAACUCCCCUCGUUUCUAUAGAAACGAAAAUCCUAAUAAUGAAACAGUACUCAUUCAGUCGGCUUUCGAAUCUACUCGAAACUAUCUCACCCGCACGGCUUCUGAACGUGAUCGGCUGGAUGUUCGCUUACGUCUACGUGUGGAUGUUGAACGCCGACUUCUUGUCCUUGGGCGGUCGGACGGCUGAGAACGCGGGUGCUGGCACGCAUUGCUUUCUCGCCGUCCACGAGUCGUUCGGCAUUGUCCAGGCGUCGACGAUCUUCCACGCACUGUUCGAUACCGAAGCCCGGAAGGAGUACAUUUCGACGCUCUUCAACUCCAUUUCGAAAGCACUCCUCGGCCAGCUCCAAGCUUCGGAAUCCAUCACCAACCUGACGAAGAAGGAAGCGGCCCUGAAGAUAGGCAGCCACAUGCGCGUCCAGUUGUUCCCGGCGCUGCCGUUCAUGAUCGCCGAACAGUUGGACGUUCUCUACAGCAUCUUUCCCGACAACUACGGCAAAGGCGCGACGUUCUUCGAGAUGUGGCUCAAGUCUAAGCAGGCCCUGCAGCUGGCGCUGUACAGCCCUUUCCACGACAACCUGCUGACCGCCCGUUACCGGUGGCAGUCAGGAAGCGCCAUCUACCUCUACUCGGUGAAUCUCGUCUGGCUUGCCGUUUCGGCGCUCCUCCCGCCGUCGUACCUGACCCGGGGCUCGCCGAUAAUGACCUAUAGCGGUUUGGGAUACCAGUUCGCCCGGCAGCUGGUCAGGGUCGCCGACGAGCGGGGCCGGAAGUUGGAUUACACGGGCUCUGAGAUACGCUGGUGGGAGCAACAGGGAAAGUGCGCACUAGACAGGGCUGCGACGGCGCGGGAAAUGAAAGAGGUCGCCGAUCUCUUCGCUCUGGACGUCGCGCUGGCCGCGCUCAAGAGCAGCGCCGCAUCCAGCCACGAAGGCGGCCUGUCCACGCUCGGGAUCAAGCAGCUGGAGAUGUUCUCGCCGUUGCAGACGUUCUACAUUAGCUACUGCAGCCACUUCUGCGACCAUCCUGUGGAAGGGCCGGUCAUGUGCAAUUUGGCCGCCAACGCUUCCGACUUCGCAGAGGCCUUCGGCUGCCACCGCCAGUCGCCACCGACGUGUCUGUUCGCGUAGCGAAGUGGUCGCGGUCGUGCGCGUAUGCUGGCCUUUCCCUGCUGCGACAUACGGUUCGAGGCAGCUCAUUCGCUGUCGUUUCUUUUUCGAGCUAGGUUUGAUAGCUCAUCGGGCAACAGUGCCAAUUGUUUGUAUUCUAUUAUCUAGUUAUUCUUAUAGUUUCUAAGGUCGCCCGCGAUACUGAGAUUGCACACGUAACAAUCCAGUGGAAUGGUGUGUAAGACCUGCAUACCUCGCUCCGUUUGUAUGCAUAUGCUUACUUUAAAAGAUUAUUGUUUUGCGUGCUUUGUUUUGAUUGUAUGUUUAUGCUUACUUUAAAAGAUUGUUUUGUGUGCUUUGUUUUAUUUGUAUGUUUAACCAUAAAGCGGAGGUUCGUGACCAAUUAUUUUGUUUUAAACGUCUCUGCAGUGGUGUGCGCCCUAUAGCAAGUGCUAUUUAGAUGGUAGUAAUGGACCGAAACGUAGGAUGACAGAUUCAAUCACGUGACCUAAAUAGUGACUGGAUAAUCUCCCGACUGGAGCCCGUAUGCGCCCAUGAAUAUCGACAUCAGUGCUACUGCGAAGGUAUGCUAUAGGACCGACCUGCCAACAAGGCUGACGUUAACAAGUCGCUGUUUUACAACGCGAUCAGACAACGAGGUUCCCAGACCGGAAGAGGAGGCAUGCGGAUUCUGACUGGCAGUUCCUCUCGUCGGCUUCCAGAGGUACAGACUUCCCCAUGGCGGUGGUGCUGUCGCAAUCUCGAGACACACAGGAGAUCACGCGACCAAGCGACGACUUCACGAAAGCGGGCAUCGCCUGGCUUUCCUAUAGCGACGGAGAUUAUAUACGUUUCGUAACCCGUAAACUUAACCCCUGUAUUCACAAUACUAGAAUCGGAAGCUCUCUGUUCACCCCACUCAGUUGAUCACAGCGCCGCUCCUCGGUUGAAGACACUGCGAUUCCCAAAGAUUGUUGUGGAGUGUUCACGAAGCGCAGUGACGGCCUUCUCGUAGGGCGCCGUUGCCAUCAACUUUAUUGAGUAUGGGUGGCACGUUGAGUCGGGUGAGUGUUCUAGAUACGGCGGUUUAUCUCCACCCAGCUGGAAUGGCCGGCGCGUAUCCUGCAAACGGUCACUUAGAUGACCGCAAUGGUGGUCACCCCAGCUAUGUGGUGGAGCUUGGCAUUGAGAUUAUUGGCACUAAACAAGUCGUUAUUCCAGUCGGGAGCCAGCGAAGCUGCUAUUUGGCAACAUCGUUUUGUUCCACUCCGAUAUCCAGUGGCAGCAGUACGCGCUCCCUGAAUUUUGACCGACAAAGAAUGCUACUCUGCCUAUAAUCGAACAAUAAAUGGUGACAGGAAGCAGACCUCGU